ACGACAUUGCUACGAAUCACAUACAAUUUGCGUUACUUAGUUUAUUACAGUAGGCAGCAGUUGUUCUUAACCACGCCAAUCAGAGUCAAGUGCAAUGGCUUCGACAAGUGUUUUACUGAUUCCUGCUCUACUGAUCGCCCUUGUGUGCGGCCAAAGUUCUGGCCCACGAAACGUAAACGAUAUCCUUAUGUCGAAUAAAUGCCUCUGUCCAUGCAAACCGUUUUCUGUUAAGGAAUAUUACAUCCCGAUUAGCCGUACAAGCGACUGGUUUGGAGCGGUGUCCUACUGCCGUUCGUCCGAGAUGGAAAUGGCCGAAGUGUUGAACGAGGCUGAGGCGGAACUGCUGCGCGAAACGCUUGCUGAAGAGGACUCCGAUUCCGAUUUGGAAUUCUACUGGAUCGGUGCAAACGAUCUCGUCCAGCCAGGACGGUACGACUGGUCUCUGACAACACGUACCGUUACCUACACAAACUGGGCCUCCGGGGAACCGAACAAUGCGCGCGUAGAAGGGGAGGACGGACCCAUGGAGAGAUGCGUUGCAGUUGAAAAGAGUACCCUCGAGUGGAACGACUUCUUGUGCAAACAGGAAAAGAGAUUCGUUUGCCAACGGUUUCGGAACGAUUGGUAGGAGCAUGGACGAGCACGAUACACUACGCGCCUUCCAAAAUAGAUCGAACGAAUAAAGAAUCAGCA